GUGGAAGGGAGUGGCAGCCUGCGGAGGAGGCAUGACCUGUUCUUUGUAAAUCGGUUUGUACUUGGAUGCCUUUUUCUCUUUUAGCCUCCAAAGUCAUCAAGUCAACACGGCUGAUAUCUGGGCUCAAUUGCGAGUAUUCAAAGCCAAAAGGCCCUCAUACUCAGUCCUUUCUUCUUCCUCUUCCUCAUCAUCAUCAGCUUUCUUGUUCAAAAUCGCAACUCGAAGCCCUAUAAUAUUCUCCACUUGAAAUAUCUCUGAAUCUUUAUGAGCGACUCAUAAGGCGCAGCCGCAUUCAUGAUGAAACCCAAGAACUUCUUUCAGAAUAUAAUGAAGCCCUUCAAAUUCAGUUCCAGCAGAGAGGGACAGAAAGAGGAGGAUUUGGAGAAGAUAGCCGCCCAGGAACAGAAACUAUUCCCUUUCGAAACCCUAGUCGCAGCCACCAAAAAUUUCCACCAGAAGCUCGGUGAAGGAGGUUUCGGUCCCGUCUUCAAGGGGAGGUUGGAGGAUGGAAGAGAGAUUGCUGUAAAGAAGCUGUCACAGAACUCGAAUCAAGGGAAGAAAGAGUUCGAGAAUGAGGCCAAGUUGUUGGCUCGUGUACAGCAUCGAAAUGUUGUAAAUCUGUUAGGAUAUUGUACACGUGGUGCAGAGAAACUUCUUGUCUAUGAGUACAUCUCCAAUGAAAGCCUUGACAAGUUUCUCUUCAAAACAGGUAGACGAGAGGAACUGGAUUGGAAACGAAGGUAUGACAUAAUUGGAGGCAUCGCACGGGGCUUGCUUUACCUUCAUGAAGACUCCCAUAGUUGCAUAAUCCAUCGGGACAUCAAGGCCAGCAACAUUCUACUAGAUGAUAAAUGGGCCCCAAAAAUUGCCGAUUUUGGUAUGGCACGUCUCUUUCCAGAAGACCAAACUCAUGUCAACACCCGUGUAGCUGGCACCAAUGGGUACAUGGCUCCUGAGUAUGUCAUGCACGGACAUCUUUCAGUGAAGGCAGACGUAUUCAGUUUUGGGGUUUUGAUUUUAGAGCUGAUCAGUGGUCAGAAGAACUCCACAUUUGAUGUAAAUCUUGAUGCACAGAACCUACUUGAGUGGGCAUGGAAACUUUACAAGAAAGGCCGAAGCUUGGAGGUUUUGGAUCCCUCAUUAGCAUCAUCUGCAGUUGCUGAGCAAGUAGCGAUGUGUGUACAGAUUGGUCUGCUGUGCACUCAAGCUGAUCCACAGUCACGGCCCAACAUGCGCCGUGUCGUGGUUAUGCUAUCAAAGAAACCAGGCACCCUGGAGGAGCCAACUAGACCUGGAUACCCGGGUUCAAGAUACAGAAGAUCUCGUAGGCCUACAACAUCAACCUCCACAGCUGGAACUUCGGGUGAAUCUUCACACACAUUUGAAUCUACCACAAAUAGCGCCACUGCAACCACGUCAGGGGUGGCUAGCCCAAGAUUAGACCCAAGAGGGAAACGUCCUGUGCAAGGUUAACCAUUCAAUUUUGCUUAUUCUUUGUGUACUGUGUAGAUAUGUGGUGUUGUUUUAUUAGUUUUGUAAAUGUUAGCAAGGAAUGGGUUAAAAUGAAUGUCAAAAUGUAGUUGUUUUAAUAGGAUUUCGGUUAUGGACAAGACAUUACAUCAUGAGCAAAUACCACGGAGAAAUUCACACCUUCCUUCAAUUUUUUUUCCC